AUGUCUACAGACUUGUGUGAAGAGAGACAACCGCUUGUGGCCAACAACCAGAGGCCCCCUCGCUUUCUGAAGCAAAGGUCAUCGCGAUGGCUAAUCUUGAUAACCAUCUGCAUGGCAGUCUUCACAGAUGCCUUUCUCUACGGUGUCGUCGUUCCAAUCCUACCUUUCUCGCUGGCAGAUAGAUCCGGGGUACCGGAGGAAGAUUUACAAUUUUGGAACUCUAUGCUUCUUUCGGUCUUCGGCGCUGCUCAAUUGAUUGGGAGUCCUUUCGUUGGCUGGUUCGCCGAUCGCAGCACCUCACGUCGAAUUCCAUUACUCACCGGACUUGUCGUUAAUGCCAUUGCUACAGCAAUGUUUGGAAUGGCAAGAAAUGUUUACAUACUUGCGAUCAGUCGAUUUCUACAAGGGCUAGCGGCCUCUGUGGUCUGGACGGUUGGGUUUGCUCUCUUGGCAGACACCGUGGGAAAUGAUGAGAUAGGACAUUGGGUGGGAUAUCUUCUCACAAGCGUUAACGUGGGUAUUCUGGUAGCACCUUUAGUGGGAGGUAUACUGUAUGAUUGGCUAGGAUAUCUUUCUGUCUUUGUGUCAAUGCUUGUCCUUAUCAUCAUUGAUAUAGCGUUGAGACUUACCAUGAUCGAAAAAAAGCGGGCACGGAAAUGGCUUCAAGUACCCACCAACCCUCUUCGUGGUGAGACUUAUGGAACCAUCGGUCAUCAGACAAGGAUUACGGAUGCACAAGUGCGAGUGGAAGGCUCAUGCAACUCACCGCAGCCAACAGUUGAACCUCACGGUUUAAACAAGAAGGCUGAACUCAUAUCACACCCUCUGCCUAUUAUUACUCUCCUGCAAAGCCCUCGGAUUCUUGCUGCACUUUAUGGUAAGUGGGUAGAAGCCACGAUUGUCAUUGGAUUUGAUAGUGCUCUUCCUAUAUUUGUCUCAGAAGUAUUCGGCUGGGAUGCAGCUGGUGCUGGACUUGUCUUCCUCACUGUCACAAUUCCUUCUGUUUCUGCCCCAUUAGUUGGAAUGCUUUCAGAUAGGUUCGGCCCUCGUUGGGUAUCGAUAAUGGGCUUUGUGAUGGGAGCAGUGUCUACCACUUUACUACAAUUCGUUAAGGAAAACAAGAUAUCUGAUAUUAUAAUCAUGUGCAUCUUGCUCACUAUCGACGGAUUCGCUUUCGUAUUUAUGAUAUCUCCUUUGGCUGCAGACUUGACUACGGCUGUGAUAUGCAUAGAGCGCGACCGUCCAGGUAUUUUCGGCAAGUCAGGAGCUUACGCACAGGUUUAUGCUCUUUUCACAUGCGCAAUCGGACUUGGUGUACUUGCCGGUCCAAUCUGGGUUAGCUUGGCUUACGAGCCUUUCGGGUGGAAAGGAACGGUACUUGGAUUCGGAAUUCUAAGCUUGACACCACUACCAGGAUUGAUCUUGUAUGGAGGAGAGCGUUACCGCCCUGUUACGGAAGGAAGCUGA